AGCAGCGUCUGCAUUUCAUCUCAGUUCUUUUAAUUCUCUAUUUUGUAGUAGUUCAAGGCAGCGCGAGCUUUAUCGUAAUAGUUGCAAUGAAUUGGUUCUGUUUUACUUUUAUUACCUGGCAAAUAUGGUUUAUUCAAGCCAAUCAAAUAAUUGUCAGUGCUAAUCGGCACCACGCCGGAUCAUACCAUUUGCCGCAAUCCUUAAAAGGAGAACAAAUACCGAAGGAAUUUUAUAAAGCAAUCGAAAAGUCCGAAGGCAGUAAAAAAAAUCUUCAACAUAAGUUACGACAUUUCCUGGAAAAACUUCAACAAAAUUUGACCAUGUCGUCAGUGUUAAGUGACUCGGACAAUACUGCUGCGAAUAUUGAAGACUAUAUAAUUAGAAUGCAGGAAUUGUCGACAUUUUUUUAUAAAGCAUCAUUCUCUUUCGAACAAUUCGCUGUUGAUACUGACAGUUUAUAUGAAAUAACGAAAAAUACAAGUCAUGCUCUUUUGUUAAAGCUGCGACAAGUCCCAACAGCUCAACCAACACUCGUUAAAGUUCUGCUUACAAAUUAUUUUGCGGAAAUGGAAUUUUUUCACGUACUUUUUUCAGAAAUUAUAGACGAAGCUCUGGAAUACACAAUAGAAACCCUAAGGGCGAUUAAAAACAUAUUUUUGUACUAUGCUGAUACUCAAAGUUUAAUUCUGCAAAAUUGGAAACUGAAGCUUAAUCUGGAGUGCUGCAAACUUUAUGUUGACUUUUUACAAAAACAUUCAGCUCAGAUUUUUAAAUGUGCUGCUGGGGAUCAUCUUAUUUUUGCAUAUGACGUUUAUGCCGUGACACAAAUUAAUGUCAAAUACAUUUUAAAACAGUUAGAGUUUCGCAUCCAAAAUAUUUUUAAUUGUUUUAGGUCUAAAAGCUUUACUAUACGAUGUAAAUUUCUUAAAAGCGUGGACCGAGAUCUUGAAAAUUUAUUUAGCAAACUUGACGAAUUAAAUAUGUUUUUCGAUGCAAAAAAAAAAAAAUUCAGUGUUUCGGCAACGAGGUUUCGACAAAGAACUACUUCAUAUGACAAUACUGGAAAAUUUAUAUCGACUCUUGAUGAUUGUCUCCCAAUUGACUUUCCACAUACUCAAAUGUCAACUGAGCUUAAGGAAUGCUUUUAUUUUUUUAAAAACUAGAGUUGUUAUAUUUAUCGAACUAGAGUAAUUGUUACAAUAAAUAUAAAUAUACAUGUUUACACACAUUACAAA